AUGUGACUGCACGUGACUGUAUAAUGGGCCCCAUUUUAACUGCAGAUCUAGCAAAAGUGGUAUGCACCAGGUUUAAAAAUUAGUUUAUAUUUAACUUAUCUCUUUCUUGUUAAAUCUUCGAUAAUAUUUGUGGAAAAUAGAUUGGAGAAUGAACAUUUUUUCGAUGGAUGAAAGCACUUAUCUUUUAAAAUCUUCCUCUGAGACCGCUAGGAGGAGCAUGAAGACGAGAAGAUCAGUCAAAUGUCGUCGAGCAGUUGUUUUUAUUGCAACGACAUGUUUUGCGAUAAUUGUGAUUGUUCUGAUUGCAACCCGCCCAGUGAGUUCUAGUAAUUCUUCAACGGAUGAUUCACCCCCAAAACCCAGUCUUCCUCGAGUUCCCUUAGAAAAAGACGUCCCCUAUCUCUCUAAGGAAGAAAAACUAGCCUUAAGCGGUCAAAACGACUCAUUAUUGUCUACGCCUGAACUUCUUGGACUGAUGCAACUGGCGUUGAUAAAAGGUGCUCGAGAUUUACAAGCCAAACUUCUUCAGCAGUCUGUGAAACAACAAAAGAAGCAGACUCAAGAACUGCGAAAUCCUUUAAAAUAUCAAACUCGUGAUACAUUAGAUACCAAUAGAACUACACCUCUAAAUAACAGGAAAGGACUAAAUUAUUGGUCCUCAGUCGAGAAGAUGUUGAAAGAUCUGGACAUUCCUUUCCAUGGUCCUUACAGGUCUGGUGGUCCUGAGGAAUCAGCUUACACUUCCAGUUAUAUCCCACAGCCAAUUAAACGCAUGUUAAGAAACCUAAAUAUAUCGCAUGCUGGACUCUUUGAACUUGGGAUCCAUUCAUUUUCUUAUGGAACGUUUCAGAACGUCACUAACCCCUUCUUCUUCUCUUCACCUGUAAACACUCUUUUAAAACGACUUUCGUUUGCUGGAAAUAAUACAGGAAUUGAUAUUUUCAUACCAGAGAUUGUAAACUGCCUUCUAAAUAACCUUGCAUUACCAAUAGGCGAGAAUAAAAUGGCAGUGUUAGAAAGAACAGCAAACAAAGCCCUUUUUCGCCAGAUACUGUUAGGCUAUUCUAAAGUCGAAAAUUCGAGUCACGAAAGGAAUUACACAGUAAUCCCAAAUACUAAGAUGAGCAAUUAUUCUCAGUGCAUUCCAAAAUUUGUGAGGCAUUUUUUGAAGGAUUUAGGGAUUUCCAUAGGUAAAUAUAACUCAUCAACUAAUAAAAGAACUUACACAGAAAUGAGUGAGAAAUUCUUGCCUAAAUUUGUGAAAGAUCUCCUUCAUGACUUUGGUAAUACAACACAUGGAAAAGAUGAGGAUGGAGACACAGUCAGUGCUACUUCCAAAAACACGGGCCAUGCGUUAUUACAACUUGUUUUAUCAGGGUAUGCAAAUCAAACGAUUAUGAAUGCAAAUUCUAAUCAAACCCAAAAUGCUGAACCUAUGCCUAGGUGGAUAAGGGAUUUCUUAGAUGGCCUAGGAAUUCCAUACAGUGAGUCAUCUGUUCGCGAAAACUUGACAAUUUUUGUCAACGAACCAGAUUUAGAAAUGAUGCAGUUUGUGAAUGAUAGCCUGGAAGAUCUUGGAAUUUCUGAUACAAAUUUUGACCAAACGAGAAUUCCUAGAUUCAUAAAAGACAUGAUGGACGAGUUGGGUAUUUCGUACAGCAGUUCAACAGCUGAAAACUCUAGCGAGGUUCUCAUCAAAACACUAGCGAUUUUAAAACUUGUUGCACUUUUAAUUGGACCUAAAACUGAACAAUCACGCAAUAAGCUAAAUAGUAAAGCUUCAAAAUAUUCGACUGAUGUCUUAGAAACAUUAGCUGGUUUUAAAUUCUUGCAGAAACAGCCUCAGCAAUUGCAACAUAAAAAACUUAGUGGAAACUUACAUAAUUUUAUGAAAAACUUAUCAGAGAAUGAAUAUGAUUACGAAAAGAAGUAUUCAGAUUCUGACCAGAGAGGAAAUGGACGUAAAGAUACUUUUUACAUGGAAGGAACUGCUAACCUGACAGGAGAACGUAGAAAUAACUCCAACUUGGCAGGAAAACGUGGAAAUAACUCCACAGUAGAUAGCUCGUUAUUUCCUUCUCAGUUCUUUGUUGACGAGAGCAUAAGAAGCACAUAUCAUAGUCAACCACAGCAGAAAGAGCAAAUAGAAAAACCCGUUAGGAGUUUUAUAAAUGACUUAAAUAUCUUUUCUCAAAACCGUGAAAUUACCCAACAAACUCAGAGCACUAUCAGUUCGAAACCAGCAGAGCUACCAUCAAAACCACAACAGCCUCAAGGACAGUUACAACAAUCUCAACAACAUCUUUUAGAAUUUCAGCAGUCUCAACGUCAACAGCAACCUUCACAACCACAGCAGUUUGAACAACCACCACAACCAGAAAAUUCCCAUCAAUCUCAGGAAAAGGAUCCAAACUUUGUAAAUCUCUUUUCAAAUGGUACUGAAGCAUACGUUAAGCAGCCAAAAAAGAUAAAAAGAUCACACCAGUUUUCACAGUUACGACAACUGGAGCUAAAACGUCAACAUUUUUUACAACCUCAGCAGUCUCAACAACAACAACAAUCCAAACAACCUCAGCAAAAUCCUAAAGAGUUUGUACAAAGAUUACUUUAUGAAUUUGUUAGUAACUCGAGAAACCCACAAAAUUUCAGAAAUACAGAAAUAGCCUCCACCAAUCCGAUGAUGUCAUCAUAUGUGCCACAUCACGUGGCAACAACAGAAAACAUUUCUAAGAAAACGGCCUACCCCUUCAACAACAACAAUAUUUAUUUUCAGGGUUGAAAGAAGUUGAUCAGCUUUUGCAGAUCGUCCUUGGAUUUCCACUGUUAUAGUUUAAACUGUCUUUAAGAUCAUUCUUUAUAACUUGUAAUCUUUGUUGUAUCUUGAAAAGAGGUAGAAGAAAUUGAAGUUUGAAACUUAUUUGACACGAAACUUCUCAAAACGAAACAAAAAAAAAAAAAAAGGAGAAAGAAACAGACUUAUAUCUUACCAGUUUCAUCCUUGUAGCUGGAUCGCACAAAGCACGUGUCUCUUUUUGAACAUGAAACUGUUAGAUUUUGUCGAACAGUUUUACCGUUUUAUCGUGAGGACGAAACUUUAAAUGGUUUUUAUUAUGGGCACGAAACUUUAGACCAUUUUAUCGUGAGAAUGAAAUUAUAGAUUGUUAUAUUGUUUGAAUAUCUAUAGCCCAUUAAUAACAUUAGUACUUACACGUAUUUAGUAUCGAUACUUAUUUAAUAAAACGUUUCUAUAAGACAGGCUUGUGGAUUAAAAACGCUGGUAUAUUAGCUACAAUAUGUUCUGUUUUGUUUCUUUUAUUUUAUACAUUAUUUUAUCUCCCCUGCUUACGUUAUAGGGGCAUUUAAUUAAAACAAUUAACGUCCCCCAGUGGGACAACGAUACGUCUAUGGAUUUCCAACACUUGUGGGGGACAAGAUCUCAGCUUCUUUAAAUUAUUGAACAUUAAUAAUUGUCAUUUUGCAUAAAGUUGACUACAAUAACUAUAUUCUAUCGCAAGUGAUUUGUUAAACACAUGUUUCCUGUAAUUAAACAGGGAAGUUCAAAAUAACAACAUUAUAAUUAGCACACUUCGAACGAACUGAACAACACUGUUUUAGCACAAUCUGAACGAUCCGUGCCCAGAACAACACUGUUUUAGCACUCUACGAACGACGUGAGCCCAGAACAACACUAUUUUAGCACUCUACGAACGACGUGAGCCCAGAACAACACUGUUUUAGCACUUUACGAACGACGUGAGCCCAGAAUAACACUGUUUUAGCACACUACGAACGAACCGUGCCCAGAACAACACUGUUUUAGCACUCUACGAACGACCUGAGCCCAAAUCACUUAAUAUAUUAUGUUGGAAAGCAAUAGCAUUGAUUUCAUGGCUUUCAGCUGUCUUAGAAUCAGUGUUUAGAAACUGAAUAAAGUUGUUAUAUUGUUUAAAAUAUGUUAUAUUUCGUAUUG